UUUUAUUUUUUCAGUUUUUCCUGACAAUUGUACCACAUACUACGGAGAACACAGUGUGGAAUGCCUUACCACUGUCUGGUUAAUAAAAGGUUGUUUACAUGAAGGAACAAAAGCUCCAGUUAAACUAGAUCACAUUGAACUUCAUGAUAUAGAUGUAUUGAAUAUAAGUGGAGUAUUGGAAACUUUUGAAACUGUUCGAAUGAAAGCUGAUAAUGGUGAUAAAGAAAAAGGAUUGGAAUGUUAUGGAAUUGUUUACCCUGACGAUUGCACUUCAUACCACGGACCUCAUUCUCUUGAUUGUCUCAUCACAAUCUGGGAAGAAGUGGAUUGCAAGGUCAAAGGUUAUAGAUAUCCUGGAAAUCUUACAAGUGCAGAUGCUGCAUUGCAAACAAUGAAUUUACGAGAUGUAAGAACACACAUGGAAGCCGUAAAAUUAGCAGCAGAUGAUGGACAUGAUGAUCAUCAGUUAAAUUGUUAUGGAAUAGUGUUUCCUGAAAAUUGCACCACAUACUAUGGGCCACACAGUGUGGAAUGUCUAACAACUAUCUGGAAAUCAAAAGGCUGUUUGGAUGAAGGAACAAACGCGCCAGUUAAGUUAGAUCUAGAGGAAAAGGGAGAUCUUGAUUCAUUACCUUUGGAUGAAGUUUUGGAUAAAUUCGAAACAACUCGAAUCACAGCGGAAAGUGGUGAUAAAGAAAAAGGAAUGGAAUGUUAUGGAAUUGUUUUUCCUGAGAAUUGUGUUUCUUAUUAUGGUCUACAUGAUCUUGAAUGUCUCAUCACAAUCUGGGAAGAAGUGGAUUGCAAGGUCAUGGGUUGGAGGUAUCCUGGCAACCUCACAGUUUCUGAUGCCGAUGCGUUAAGAUCCUCAAACUUAAGAGAAAUAAUACAAAACAUGAAAAGUGUAAAAUUAGCAGCAGAUGAUGGAAAUGAUGAUCAUCAGUUAAAUUGUUAUGGAAUAGUGCGCCGUGUCCACUUUACAUGAUGUGGUCUGUAGUCACACACAAGAGCAGCCUGUCCAAUCUACAUAGUCUGGAUUUUCUCUGAGAGCUUCUUCUGCCUUGCUGUUC